CUCUCUACUGAGAACCGCAGGACAUCACUGUCAACCUGGAAAGAUCGUCGCAUGAAAUGGGAUUCGAAUGAUUGGAAAACGGACACUCUCAAUGUUAAAUCGUAUGGACGACUUUGGGUUCCAGAUAUCAACUCGGACAAGCAUCAAACAUCAGCGCAAUCCGGCGAAUACGUUCAGUAUCAGAAUAUUUUAGCGAAGAAUAACGGCAAUUUAACGGCUCGUCUCGAAUACAAGAUUCAAGCGCAUUGUCAAAUCGAUUAUACCAAUUUUCCGGAUGAUCGAAAAUAUUGUUGCUUCACGCUGAAGUCGCUAAUCUAUCCGCACUACAUUAAAUACUUCCUGUCGCGAGGCGAACGUGCAGCACAAGUGCUGGAAAUAUGUUUGGCUGUUCAACGAAAGUCGAUGACCCUCCGAAUCGAAUUGACAAUCCCAAUGGUCGUAUCUUCGCUGUUGGUUGUCAUAGCACCGUUCUUCGGCACUUUGAAAGAUCAGAUCAACGUCAAGUUAUUUGCCAUACUCAUUCAGCUGCUUAGCUUCACAAAUUUGGCUUCAAAAACUCCACAAGUUGGCUUCGGAAGUACAAUUCCGAAUAUAUAUCUGUUCUACGUGUUCACACUUGCAACCACAGUGAUUAGUCUGUUGAUAACGUUGAUUAUCAGUGCGAUGUCGCGUAUCCAUCGCAAACUGCCUCCAGCGCAUCGCUAUACUCUUCUCGCAUCAGUGCUCAACACGAAUCUAUGCUGUGGAAAUGAAGUUGGUACCGUGAUCGCAACUGAUGGAACGUCAACGAAGGACAAUCAAAAUGAUUGGUUGCAGAUUCAUAUUGCGAUUAAUAAUCUGAUAUCGUUCAUCAUUAUGGUUGCGUAUUGUUUUGGCAUUGUUAUCAUUUUAUGUCAAUAG